GGUAUUAGCGCAGAAUGUCGCCUGCAGAGCAGUAAAUACUUGGAGGAUUUAAAAAAAUUCAAGAUAUGGGCACUAAAAAUGUACGACUCCACAGCAAAACUUCCAUCGGGAAUUCUCAAUGGAAACAUUAACCAGUUUGGAGAUUUUGAUAUGUGUCUUGGCGCCUACUCUGAAAGUCAAAACAUCAGGGGGCAGUACUGUUUGGCCUCCAUUGAAGUUAAGGCUCCUCAAAGUUCGUACCUAACUGGGCUGUAUUCCCUCAUCCAUGCUCACCACCAUUUCAAAAGUCGAUUGGAAGAUCCUGGUCAUCGAGUUCCUAGAUUUUCAAGCAUUAAUUGGGCUUUGUGUGUCCCAAGUGCAUGUUCUCCUCGAGAAGUAGAACUUGGCCUUAGAAGAACCGUCAACAGGAUUCUAGAAGGUACAGAAAUUCAAAUACGUUAUGAAGUCGAUCCUGCUAUGUGUCAGAAAAAAGUGGAAUUUAAAAUUCCCCUGUCUACUUAUAUUACUGUAUCCGUUUUUGCCGCCUUGAUUGUAUGGGAAAUAUUCGCCACUGUCUAUGAUCACUACGUUGUCGAAAACAAAAACAGAUGGAUUGUGGCUUUCUCGUUGAAAGAGAACUUCAUGAAUUCGAUCAGCUUGAAGCGAUCUCCUGGUGACAUUGAGGCUGUCCAUGGAAUCAGAUGUCUGAAUGCCAUACUGUUGCUGGCAUCACAUAAGUCGAUGGCUACGUUUUUUCUUCCUUAUUCCAAUAGAACCGAAUAUGUAGAGUACGUCGGAAGACCUUUUUCAGUCAUGGGAAGGGCAGCCAGCCUCUAUACAGACCCUUUCAUCAUGAUGUCCGGUAUGCUGACGACAUACUCCCUUCUGGGGAGACUCAACAGAGACAAAAAAAUCAACGUGUUGCAGGAAUACGUGUCACGACUGUUUAGAAUAGUACCGACCUUUGCCGCGGUCAUAGCCUUCUGCACUUUUGUCUUGCCUUGGACGAACAAUGGACCUCUAUGGAAUUUGGUGGUGACGCAUCAUUCCGAUAUUUGCAAGAAAUAUUGGUGGCGGAAUUUGAUGUUCAUACAUAACUAUUUUGGAUUCAAAGAAAUGUGUCUAACCCAUACCCAUCAUAUUGGCAUAGAUACCCAGCUGUUCUUCAUCUCACCCGUUUUGAUAUACCUGAUUUGGAGAUGGCCGAAAAGAGGAAGUAUUGCUUUAACCGCUUUGGCUAUUAUUUCUACUAUUAUGCGUUUCUACGUGUCAUACACAUUGAAACUGUCUAACUACGUACAUUUUGGAACAUCGGUUCAACAACUUUUCAACACUGCUGACUAUAUGUACAUUUUACCAGCCCACAGAGCGACUGUAUAUAUUAUGGGAAUAUUUCUGGGAUAUAUUUUGAGGAACUUCAGUAACAUGUACUUGUCAAAGACACAAAUCAAUAUAGGAAAUACUUUGGCAUUGUGUAGUUUCUGCAUAUCUUUUCUUGGACCGGCUUUCAUGGGAAAAAUAGAUUAUGUCUACGAUCCACUAGAUGGGGCAUGGUACGCAGCAUUUUCCCCUAUACUGUGGUGCUUUUCUUUUGCUUGGAUCAUUUUCACUUGGCACUUAGGCUACAAAGGGCUACCAGGAUUGAUAUUCUCCAAUAAACUCUUCACUCUCUGGACGAAAAUCUCCUACACAGUAUAUCUGACCCAAUUUCCCACCUACUUCUACAAUGUAGGAAGCACCAGAUCCUCAAGUGAAGCAGGUUUUUUCAGACUGAUAUUCAACCUCAAGGAAUAUGCCUGGGUGAUUGUUUUAUCCAUUAUCUUGACGUUAACAUUCGAAAUUCCUUUCCAAAACGUCAGGCAGAUCUUGCUCAAGAUUAAACAGGGUGGAAAAGGUCGGCCAGCAUCUAUUCCGGAAGAGAAGCAAAAAGUUUCGUGAUCGUCAUUGUUCUGGAAAGGACAGAGUGUAUGUGUUGCGCGUAUUGUGUGAAUGUGGGUUGUUUGAUGAUGUACAAUACCAUCAUAUUUUAUAUUCUUCGUAAAACCAUUUUCAGUCGUCAAAUUUUUUGAACCUGCCGAAUGAACAGUGUGAUUUUUCAUAAGAUCCACACUUGGUAAAACAUGUUUAAACAGAGUGGAUUGUGGAGACAUUGAAAAAAAAAGAUGAAACUCUCAAGUAGAGCAUAAUUUCAGGGCUGGAUUCGAAAGUACUAUGUUGUGAUAUAUAUGAGUUAAAUUCCCAUAUAUAUUAUCCAUCUCAUUUAUUAAAUAUAGAUGCAAAAUGUUUUCAUGAUUUUUCCAUACAUUAUUCAAAAUUCAUUAUGAACCCAGCCGAUUCUUGAAAAUGGUUUUUUGAUGAUUUGAGAAAAAUAUAUAGGUAUCCCAGUGUUUGGAAAGAUCGCUAGUUAUCAGGUGUAGAGUUUUGGAAGGUUUGAAAUACAGAAUUCAUGAAUGAUAUGCGCUAAGGCUAUUGAUUGUUCAAUUCUUGAUUCUAGAGGCUCACAAACUCCAAAUAUGAUUCUGAUUACUGGCCAUAUGAUAGUCAAUAACUUCAUAAUGAACCAGGAAUAUUAGAGGUUUCACCUCGAAAUGAGAAAUAGUCAGCUAUAAACUUGUGUAAACUUUCAUUUUAGCAACUUGUCUCAAAACUUACUUAUCGUAGGGUUCCGCGACUACAGAUAUUCAAAGGUCAGUGGUCAAAAAAUCGAUUUUUCACACAUUCACUGCAAUAUUUCGUUCUCCAUGGGUUUUAUGCUGUUUAUAUAUUAUAGAGUAUUGAAUUCUACGGUCCGACGUAUCAUUUCAACAUCAAAUACCAACAUACGUUCGAUAUUUCAGUAUAUUCAUUAUAAUAUUCCACAAAAUAUACAGGGUGUUCCUAAAAAACAUGCUAAUAUUUAAGGAGGCAAUUCUUAGACCCAUUUUAAGAAAAAAACUUCCUAUGGACAUUAAUUCCUGCCCAUACAUUAACCGAAAAUUGGUGUUGGAAAUGGGUUUCGGUUAUUGCAUGGGGAUUUUCUUCAGCCCACACAUGAUUGUUAUGGAAAUUUUGAAUGGCAUUCCGAGAAAAAUUUGCUUCGUCUGUGAACAAAAUUUGUGUCUCAAACUGCGGAUUUAGUGUAAUACUUUGUAGAUACCACUGACUGAAGUUCACACGCUGUGGAAAAUCUCUGGGGAGUAAUGCCUGCACUCUUGAAAUAUGGUAUGGGUAUAACAAAAAAUCAACCAAAAUACGCCAAACAAUUUGAUGGCAAAUAUCCAGAGUUCUAGCGAUCUUCCUCGU